GCAGACAAACGACAAGAGAGAGGCAAAAAAGAAAGGAAAAAAAGCAACCCAAAGUGAAACUGUAAAUAAGUGCCUCCGGAGGAAAAUUGUUUCGUAUUUGCGUUAUACAACCGACGGGAUCACUCUAUCCUAGUGAAUUCGUUCGAUAAGGCUGUGAAGACCAGGCAGGAAGUGGAAUUUGGUCCGAAGACGAAAGGUUUCUUCGCCAUUUCAAGCACAGAAGAUGGCAAGCUCUUCAAGGGAUCUUCACCUGAAUAAAGUAUGUUGUUAUUCGCAUCCGGAUGCACCGCUGAUUGAGGACUAUCGAGCCGGGGACAUGAUCUGUUCCGAGUGUGGCUUGGUAGUCGGAGACAGGGUUAUCGAUGUCGGUUCCGAGUGGAGAACAUUCAGUAAUGAAAAGGCCGGAGUGGAUCCGUCUCGUGUCGGUGGUCCGGAAAAUCCACUGCUUAGCGGAGGUGAUUUAUCCACAAUGAUCGGACCCGGAACAGGACCAGCCUCAUUCGAUGCAUUCGGAACCGCCAAAUAUCAGAACCGUCGUACGAUGAGCAGUUCGGAUCGGGCACUGAUUGCAGCCUUCAAGGAAAUCAGCACAAUGGCCGAUCGGAUCAAUUUGCCAAAGACGAUCGUGGAUCGGGCAAAUAAUCUAUUCAAACAGGUUCACGAUGGCAAAAAUCUGAAAGGUCGUUCCAACGAUGCCAAAGCGUCUGCCUGCUUGUACAUUGCCUGCCGACAGGAAGGAGUGCCGCGUACGUUCAAAGAAAUCUGUGCCGUCAGUAAGAUCAGUAAGAAGGAGAUUGGCCGGUGUUUCAAACUGACUCUGAAGGCACUGGCCACAUCCGUCGAUCUCAUCACAACCGCUGACUUCAUGUCCCGUUUCUGCGCUAAUCUUGACCUUCCCAACACGGUACAGCGGGCCGCGACGCACAUUGCCCGGAAAGCGGUCGAGAUGGAUAUCGUACCUGGACGGUCACCGAUUUCGGUGGCCGCGGCAGCUAUCUACAUGGCCUCACAGGCCUCCGAUCAGAAGAAGACCCACAAAGAGAUCGGCGACAUUGCCGGUGUGGCCGACGUGACCAUCCGGCAGUCCUACCGGCUGAUGUACCCGCACGCGGCGGAACUGUUUCCGGAGGACUUCAAGUAUACCACCCCGAUCGAUCAGUUGCCACAGAUGUAAAGUAUCUCUCCAAGCGGAGAAACAACAUAGGCACAAUCGAUAUGCUGCGCGUAUGUUUACCGAGCUACUUUUUCUUCGGCUCCAUGUGGAACUGAUACAACCACAUUUGUCGCUUGUUAGGCUUAAGUUAUGAACUUCAAUUUCCCGUUAGUUAAUUUUCCUUCCACACUUCCACAUCGCAUCGCAGUAGAUGAAAGAAUAAAGAACCUGGAUUUAGAUUUAUUUAUACCUAAAAAUAAAAAUGUGCCACGUGAAAUGUUUCCGGCACUUUCGAUUGCAUAGCAGCAAAACAUAAUUCAGUAUAAUAAGUGGAAAUGAUCUGUCCCGGCCUGCGCGUUGUUGAGCAACGGGACACUUGAAUGCCACCUUACCUGAUCAGGGGUUGUAUCGAUAAUGAAUAUAACUGUUAUCAAACUUAGAUGUAACAUUUCGCUCUUUGGAUGAAAAAGAGACGAUAAAUAAUCACAAGGUAAGCCUGUACAACAAGACGCAUAACGUUUUGCUUCUGAGAAUGAACCAUUGAAGAGAAACAGAAACAAAAGUUAAAUUUGACUAAACGUUAACAAAAUAAACUCAGUACUUGAGAAAUCAACAAAACUAUAUGAUAGUUUUAAGGAUAACUUGAUAAUAAAUAUUAUUUGAUUGGAGUCUAAGAA